GGAGGGCGGGAGUCUAGAGCGGAAGUGGGAAGAAGCACACGACAACAUCAACAAAACAAAACAAAAGGUGCACACGAGAUACAAUUCGAUUUUUUUUUAAAGGUUCACCGUGGUUAAAGCUUGGUAUCAACCCAGAUCAACGUUGUUUACAUAUGAUUGUGCGCAUUUUUUUUUUUAAAUUAGCAUGUUCUGCAUCUCACAUUAGCUAAUUGCUAGCUAGCCAGCCAGUAUUGCCAACGUUAUUUAACGUUUAUUUGGACUGUUAACUUGACAACACUGCGUAAACAACAAUGGAAAGCCUGUACAAGCGUAAAGUGUUCGCAACGUUGCGAAAAAAUAAAGCUGAAGCGUCGAAGAAAAGGGCUCAAAUCGGUUUGCCGUCGUCUAUCCUUGAUGACAGUGACGAGGAGUCCUGCGCGAGCACGACCAGCAUCAGCGCUUCAGAGAGUGACUAUCAGAAUUCGGACAGUGGGAGCGAAAGUACACCUGCCAGUGGGGAACAGAGCCCUGCCAGCGAUGGUAGUAGCUCCAGCGAAGGUAGGUCCCGUCCUCGUCGGAAGCGCGUCCUCGCAGACAGCUCCAGCGACUCUGACAGCGACGUAGGAACCAAGCCUAAAAGGAAAGUCGUUCCCAAAAAACGCGUAAAACAACAAAGCCACGAUUCCGAUUCGGAGGACGAGAGUGCUGCAGAAAAGGACAAAAAAGUUGCCGAAGCUAAACAGACCGCAGCUAAACGAAAGCAACGCCAGUCUAAACUCCUGGCAUUAUCCAAGAAGAUGAAGUCCCGCGUUCCGAAACGUAGGGGCACGUUGGAGGAUUCAAGUGAUGAAGACAAGGGUAAAGUAGCUGAAGGUGUUAGUGGCGAUAAUGAUGAAGAAGAGGAUACCCCCGAACUAUUGCUGGGCAGCAGUGAAGAAGAGGCAGCAGAUCACAGCGACAGUCUGAAGGACUUCAUAGUUGAGGAUAAGACAGGGGACAAGAAUGAGGAGGUGUCAGAUGAAAUAGCUGUUUCUCUUCCACGCCAGUUCAUCACUGGGUCUCAGCUCAAUCACUUUCAAGUGGUCCUCAAAGCCCUUAUGAUCAACGUCCUGGAUGAAACCUUUCUCAAGUCUCUUUAUGGCGGUGAUCGGACAAAGCGAUAUGCUCAGGAGAUGAAGGCGUCGCUGUUCCACUUUGAUGAGCGGACAAUCCUCCCUCGCUUGGAGAACCUGAAACAGCGGAGCCGCUGGACCGACCGGUACAAGGAGCGUGUGGAGUGUUACCCCAAGGUCCGGCUUUUGAAGUUAGGAUUGCAUCGGAGUGUUUGUGAGGCAUGCAAGCUCCAGAGACAAUGCAGUUUCAGUGUGCGUCUCUCAGGGCAACUGUACGACCUCAACAGCCUCGAAGAGGACCAAUUCAUGCCCGAUGACACACAGGCUUUCAGUGUGGGCUCCGUUUGUGCCAGCCGAACAGAGGUGUAUCAUGCUCUGAAACACUUCAAGUACCACUUGUUUCAACACUGCCGGACAGUGAUGGAGGAGGAGGAGAAGAAUGGAGAGGAGCCAGUGAAGGAAACAGUGAAAAGGGUGUUCACCAAACUGGAGGAGAGGGGCUGGAUCUCAGAGCAAUAUGAGAAGUUCCAGGACCAUCUCAAUGAUGCAGACUACUUCCAGGAGGAGAAGCUAGACUGAAGGAUUACGACAAACAGGAUAAAAGAUCCAUAUCUACAUCCUAUUAUAGGCAUCCAUUUAACAGUUUUAUGGUUUAUUCUGCACAUUGUUAGGGAAGAAGUAUUUGAUUAUAUAUAUAUAUAUAUAUAUAUAUAUAUAUAUAUAUAUAUAUAUACUGUUUAUUUGACUUCUUCAAUUCAAUGUUAACGUUUAAGAUUAGUGAGAAGCUUUUAAAAACCAUUGCCUCUUUUUGUUGUUACCAUUUAAGAAGACAUCUAUUACAUCUGUAUUAUAUCAACCAUUUUAUAUCAUGCUCAUAACUCUUACAGUAUAUACUAUACGUCUGCACUAAAUGUAUCUGCAAAGUUUGAGAGAUGAAGCAGAAUACUCUGGUACUGCUGUAAAUCAAAGAAAUGUUACUCCUGAGUUCUUUAAACUAUCCUGGUUACCUUCCCUACUUAGUUGAAGCAGUGUUGUCCGUCCAAUAGUUAAGAUAAUGCCAAAUGGAGUUUGCAACGACAGAUGACCUCAAAUGACAUGAGUAAUGUUCUAUAUUGCGGAUUACACUAUCUAGUGUAGAAAGAUGGUAUGACUCUUCUGAGUUUUGCUUCAUUUCUAUUAAAAAGCUUGUGUGAUGCUUCAUAAAACAAAUAAUAAAAACUCCAUUAAACAA